AUGUUUGUAAACGGUGUCGAAGUUAUCAAUACACGAUUUGAGGAUUUAACGUUGAACAAUUUCGAAAGAAACAUGCAGCCAAACGCUGAAAAGAGUCCUUCAAGCCCAAAGGCGAGGCUACCACUUCUCCACCUUACGCCAUCAGGGAGCAGUGAGAAAAGGGAAUCUACGCCACCACAGAGAAUAGACAACCCGUGGUUGCUCAGGGUGCAAGACAAUAUUCCCAACACGCCUCCACCACGAAGCGACAAACCGAAAGACUUCUUCCCCCACAGAAUUGGAUAG